AUAAAUACUAUGACUUCAACGCAUUAAUUAAAUUAGGCUUUUUCUGUGUUCGUUGAUUCUGGAAAGGCCAAAAAAAGAUACCACAUCUGACAACCUUUGUCACCAUCAUCUUUUUCGGUUUCGAACCAAAAAAACGAUAUCUAUUGUUGCCUGUGCAAUUCCGUACCGUACUUUUAUUGUCAUGCAUCGAAAGAUACAGUAAAUCAAAUAAUUUCUGCACCUACCGUACGCUUUUCAUAAUUUCAAUAAAUAUACUUGCAAAAAGUAACAAUGAAGAUCUCCUCUGGCUUAGUUAUUGCAUUCUGCUACUUUCUCUCGCCUGUCCAGGGUAAGUGCGGUUAUGAAAACACCGUGAUAUCAUGACUGGGCGCCUUUAACGAAAUCUAAUGUUUUCGUUUCCUCUUUCGUACUACAGCUAACGUAAAAAUCAACAAGGACCAGUUUCUUGCUACAAAAGACUACAUUGGCAACUCCAUGUGGCUUAUGGGGAAGAAUGGUGUCUUUAUCUACAGUCCCGAUGGAAAGGACAAGAAGGUCAGCAUCGAUGGUUCAGCUAUUUGUCACGAGGAGCCUGAUUUUAAAGGAUCAGGAUAUUACUCCCCCUGUCGAUUUUAUGACGUUAUGUCGGACGGAAAAAAAUAUGUCUGGGCAUCACUUGCUCGGGGUGUUGCAAAGAUUGACCUCUUUGAUAUCAACACUGGGGCAGUCGUUGGUUCUUUCGACACUUGUAUGAGUCCUUCCAGUUUGGAGUUUCACCCAUUGCGCGACGAAGUCUGGGUUCGCUGUUCUGACAUGGAUGCGAACAGUACAGCGCCCACCCAACUUGAUGUUUUCUCUGCCUCCUCUCCCAGUGGUGUUAUUCAAACUGACAUCCUCACGGAUGAACGCGCAUUGAAAGAAGGACUCUCGUCAAAAGGCUACUCUGUCAUCGACAACACACUCGGUGAUGUUGGUUUCAUCACUGAUACAACUCUUCCUUACCUAUUCAAGGUGGAUCUCAGCACCAAGGCAAUCAUCGAUAAGUUUGAGAUGAAUCCUCCAACAAAUGGUUUGGAAAAAACAGCGUACUCUCCUGUGAACAAACAUAUUUUUAUUAGGUCCGAACUAUGCUGUACUUGUGGUUUCGAAGGCUCGGACUUAGGUGAUAGUUGUGGUAGAUACCCAGGAUCUGAGGUCAGCCCAGUGACAGGAGCAUUUGCGUAAGUCUUGCAGCUUAUUCUUCUACUCUUUUUUCCGUUUUUUCCUGACCGAUAUUCAUCUCCUCCAUUCUUCGAACAUAGUGGCGAGACGGGUGUUCAGGGCACCUGUGGAAGCAGUUGCGAAGGCAAACCCGAUAUCGAUACUAUUGGGGUUUAUGAAUUUGACACUGGAAACGAAACAAUUGUUGCUACUCAUCUGAUGGCAGAAGGAAUCGGCGGUGAUCCUUACCCUUCACCAGAUGGAAGUAAGUCUUUGGCCAUUAUGUGAAAGACAAGACGAGGAAAAUUCAUUGCUAUACGUGACGCAUUUACCCUCACAAUUUUCUUCACUUUCAAUUGCUUCAAAAAACAAUAGAGUACAUUAUACUUCUUGGUCGAAACGGUGGCAAAACAAUCCGCAUCAUUGAAGCUGGGGAACCUGGUCGCCCUUCCGUACGUUGAUCAUAGUGUACCACAUGUCCCUUUCUAGCUCCACUUCUUUCCCUGACUUUUCGUUCGUUUUAUUUGCUUCCUUGACGUUGUUAAUUCAGACAAAGGUGUUUGAUGUGGAACUUGAUUUUAAUAGAAGCGGAUACGAGGAUAAAAGUGUCUCAAUGGAUUUUGCUUUCGUUAAAAAGAAUGGCAAUACCAAUAUCAUCUUCCCAUCUGGCACAGAACACAAGAUUGCAAUCGUUGAUAUCACGAGCGACCCAAUGGAGACAAGAUAUUUUACAUUCAACGACGACGACUUUAUCCCUGGAAGAGCUCCACAUGGACGCUAUAGAAGAAUUGAAUGGGCUAUCGGUACAAAUUACGUAUGGGUGACUGAUAGCUCUUUGGACGAAACCUACGUUAUCGAUUUCGUCAAGGAAGAAGUCGUUACCACACUGACCGAUACAGACGUUUCAAAGCUACUAUCGGUCCAGAACUACGAAUACCUUCGUCAAUUUGAGAUGCAGAAGCAAGUUGUAAUGGGCAUGACUCGAGGAGUGUCUGAUAAUGGAAAGGAUUCAUCUGCUCUCGAAGUCUCUGCCAUUGUUCUUGGUACAAUUGCAAUCGUCGUUGGGAUUGCCAAUUACAUUUACAUGAUGAAAAUGCGAAAGCUUUUUAUUGAAAGUCAAGCAUCUCCUGAUGAACCAAUAGCCUUAGUCAAGAAUCUAGAACAACCCCUAGAUGACGACAGUGCCGUCGUCCCUAGCGUGAACUAACUGCAUAGCGAACGUGUGAAACACAAUAUUUCGUUGUUUAAAUAAGACCUAAAUAAAUUUUAAAGGGUCCA